UGGCCGUUCGCUGUGACGUAAGCGCGUAUCCAGAGCGUAGCAACGUGGUGCUGCCUGCCCUUCACAUCCCUCCACAUCCUGCCCAGCUCUGCUCCCAAACGCUACACAGCCAUGGCCCUCCUGAAGUCAAACAAGGUCCUCUACUGUCUCGGGAAUGUUUCCCCAUCCCUGGGAGUUCUCUCCAGCCGUAACAGCUCAUGGUGGGGUGGUGUGCAGAUGGGCCCCCCUGAUCCCAUCCUGGGGGUGACCGAGGCCUUCAAGAGGGACACCAACCCCAAGAAGAUGAACCUUGGGGUGGGGGCCUACAGGGACGACCAGGGCAAGCCCUAUGUGCUCAACUGCGUCCGUAAGGCAGAGGCUGUGAUUGCAGAGAAGAAGCUGGAUAAGGAGUACCUUCCCAUUGGUGGGCUGGGGGAGUUUGCCAAGGCCUGUGCCCAGCUCGCUCUGGGUGCCGAUAAUGAGGUCUUGAAGAGCGGCAGGAAUAUUACUGUCCAGACCAUCUCAGGAACUGGAUCUCUGCGCAUUGGAGCCAACUUCCUGUCUCGUUUCCAUGGUGGUCCCCGUGAUGUGUACCUGCCCAAGCCCUCCUGGGGUAACCACACCCCCAUCUUCAGAGACGCUGGCAUGCAGCUCAAAGCGUACCGAUACUACGACCCCUCCACCUGCGGCUUUGACUUCAAAGGAGCUCUUGAAGACAUUUCUAAAAUCCCAGAGCAGAGUGUGAUUGUGCUGCACGCCUGUGCUCACAACCCCACUGGUGUGGACCCCAGACCUGAACAGUGGAAGGAGAUCUCUGACCUUGUGAAGAAACGGAACCUGCUUGUGUUCUUUGACAUGGCGUACCAAGGCUUUGCCAGCGGAGACAUUGAUCGUGAUGCCUGGGCCGUGCGUCACUUCAUUGAACAGGGUCACAACAUCGUCCUGUCCCAGUCCUUUGCCAAGAACAUGGGUCUCUAUGGUGAGCGUGUAGGAGGGUUCACCGUGGUGUGUAAAGAUGCAGAGGAGGCCAAGAGGGUGGAGUCUCAACUUAAGAUUCUCAUUAGGCCCAUUUAUUCCAACCCACCAAUGAAUGGCGCCAGAAUUGCCACAACCAUUCUGAACACACCAGAGCUGCGUGCAAUGUGGUUGGAGGAGGUCCACGGCAUGGCCAAUCGCAUCAUCAAGAUGAGGGAGCAGCUGGUGGCUGGCCUGAAAAAGGAGGGCUCCAGCCACAACUGGCAGCAUGUCAUCGACCAGAUUGGCAUGUUUUGCUUCACAGGCCUCAAACCUGAACAGGUUGAGCGCCUGACAAAGGAGUUCUCAGUGUACAUGACCAAGGAUGGCCGAAUUUCCAUGGCAGGUGUGAGCUCAGGCAAUGUGGGAUACCUGGCACACGGAAUCCACGCAGUCACCAAGUAGAGCGGAUCCCGAAAGAGGAGGACAAAAUCAAAGCAGCAAUGUUAAAAGAGGAGCUUCAUGUAUCAUUUCUCUCUCCCUUUUCCCUCCCAUUCCAUCUUUAGAAAAAGAGCUGUAUAAUAAGGUAGACAUUUUAUCGAUUGGAUUUCAUCAGUGAGCUCAAUUUCAACUUAUAAAUCUCUAUUUUCACGAUUGUUGAACAGUUUGAUUUCCAGUUGGUCCCUCCCCUGUUUUUUUUUUUUUCUUUCACGGGACAGCCAGCCAUGACAGGUUGUAAAAGACACGUUUCCCCCCACUACUGACUGAGCUGAUGUCUUCAUUGUCUUGUCUGUGCUUAUUUAUUGUGUGAAAUUAAGUGUUGGCUGUAUGCUGAUGUUAGUGCUUUGUGUGUCUGCUGUGGGCCCGCUCGUUAGAAGACAAAAAGCAACCAACUCUGCACGCUGUGACCUGUUGCUACAUGAACGACUGUAGUUGAAAGUCUCUAAGUUCUGUUUUUCCCCCCUCUGAUGCUGACACUGUUGUAGUAGUGAGGUUUUGUAGCACUUUAUGAGUGAUAAGGCACUGUUUUAUUUGUGAGAUUAGACUGGCACUCUGUAUUAUCAUUGAGCUAUACUGUAGUAACAAGCAAAUAUUUGUCAGUCAGCCAAUCAAUCCGCUAUCGGUCUAAUCUACAGUUCAUCUGAAGUAAUCAGUCAUUCAGUAAUUUGGUCUCCUCACUGUCUGUCUCUUUGGAAUUGCCCUGUCUUAUCUCCCUUUUAUUCAAUUUACUCUCCCUGUAUGAACUGUUAAUCUUAUUUUUUGGCAUCUCAGUCUAGUUGGUUGCAAGGCACCAGGGUUCUCAGUCAGUCUUUUUAAUGCUCUUACUAGGAGAGUCAUGAGAGGUAAACACGGUACAGAGAGGGGUCGAGUUGUAUAAUUUCCCUGAAUUCAGUUUUCCACCCUAUUUCUCCAUCAUGGCUCUGCAUCCAAUGUUGCAUUUGUUUUUGUUAUGUUUGUAUGUAACACCUGUACAAAUGUAUCAGUGUGGUGAGAGGAUAAAAAUGGGUGGGGUACGUAAUUGGGUUAACACCACCCAUAACCUAGUGGUCAGUUUGUGAAGAAACAAGCACACUUUGCUGCAGGAAUUAGACUCUGGACUUCUAUGUCUGAAUCUGUCCAUUAUCAAGACUGGGGGGAUAGAGGGUGUUUAAGGAAUGUGGGGGAUUUUUCCUCCGUCUCUACUCAUGUUUCAUAAACUGGGCACUUAGCCUCCGUGUUUUGCAUUCUGUCAUAGAGUAAUGGACCAUUGGUCAUGUACCUCUCUCUGAACAAACAAUAAAUACUAGAAGAAAUAUUUGA